GGGGGCACCGCGGGCAGCGGCCGGGCUCCGGAGCCAUCUUGCGGGUCUGUCUCCAUGCAGAGCCGCCGCCAUGGACGCGUUCAUGAAGGGCUUGUCCAAGGCCAAGGAGGGGGUGGUCGCCGCGGCGGAGAAGACCAAGCAGGGGGUGGCGGAGGCUGCGGAGAAGACCAAGGAGGGGGUGCUGUACGUGGGAAGCAAAACCCAAGGCGUGGUGCAAGGCGUCACCUCAGUGGCUGAGAAGACCAAGGAGCAGGCGUCCCAGCUGGGGGGGGCCGUCAUCUCAGGGGCUGGGAACAUCGCGGCCGCCACCGGCCUGGUCAAGAAGGAGGAGUUCCCCACUGACCUGAAGCCCGAGGAGGUCGGGCAGGAGGCCGUGGAGGAGCCGCUGACUGACCCUCUGCUAGAGCCAGAGGGUGAGAACUACGACGAGCCGCCUCAGGACUAUCAGGAGUACGAGCCGGAGGCGUAAUGGCCGCGCCCACCCCGCCACCUCCACCAGCAGCACAAUAAUGACAAUGCCCCCUUGUGCCCCUCCCCGGCCUCUCCCCAGGCAGGUGCCAGCGCAGGGGGCGAUGGCAAGGACCCCCCCGCCCCAUUAAGUCACAAGUUCUUCCUGCAGCCCCGCGCCCGGGGGCCUCGCCGGAGGCUGUGUUGCUGUAUCGUGUCCUGUAGCGUAAAGAGAAAGUCGUCGUCCUGCAGCCGCCCGGAGCCGUGUCCCCCCGGCCCGGCUUAUCGCCCUGUGUCCCUCCCAGCGCCAUAAGCCCGGCCGGCCCCGCGUCCGGCCCCAGCAUGUUUCGCUGAGCUGAGCAGCCUGGCCGGCGGGAGCCCCGGGGCGGCACGCGCCCCUGGGGCUGCUGUACAUUCGCUUGCACGCGCCUCCCAGUGAUCCUGCGCCCGUCUUCAUGGAACUUUUUUUGAUAUUCUGAUGGAUGGUUUAUGCCCUUGUGACCCCCCCGCCCCGUACAGCUGUCGUGUCUGUGCUCUCCAAAUACCCCCAUAAGAGACACCCCUCCCCCAAUGCAGUGUUGUGAUUUGGCAUGGAUCCCCUCCCCCCACGUGUGCAACACGGGGCAGCUGCCAGUGACACAACUGCCCCGUCUGUGAAUAAAGCCAGAUCUUGUCUGUCA